CUAAUGCUGCGGAACUCAAGAUACAUCAGCUCUCAGUCUUCUUUAGAAAAGAAUUACAACAUAGUUCUCCAGGAAGAUGCAAGAUGAAGAUUCGAUGAGACCGAUGUCAGCACCCUUGUUUUAACCAACACGUGCACAAACACAGGUGUCCCUGUCCUCGAGGUGUACCUUUCUGAAAUGGAGACAAUAUCUACAUUAGAUAUAUCUACAGAGGGUGAAGAGGAAUUUGAAAUUCAGAAGCAGGAAGAACAUUCAGAGACUGAAUCUUCUGAUGAAAAUGAAGAAGUUCUCACUGAUGUCGAAAAACCUUCAGAUGCUCUGAAUAGGAUUUGGUCUCCCUCAGUUUAUGGAUAUGUUUCAAAGGAAUGUUACCACUUUGCAGGUUACGAGAUCACCAUCCACCAAUCCAUUGAUCACUUUGGAGCUAUAACCUGGCCAGCGGCAGUUGAGCUGUGCCAUUUUCUCGAAUGCAACUGGAAUGAAUUCAACCUUGAUGACAAAAACGUAAUUGAACUGGGCGCUGGAACAGGACUGGUAUCUAUUCUUGCUGUCUUACUAGGUGCUUAUGUCACCAGUACUGAUCUCUCUUGUGCAAUUGGGAACUUGCAAAGUAAUGUUAUGAGAAAUACACGAUGGAAAAGCAAACAUCAACCUCAAAUUAAGGAGUUGGCUUGGAAUGUAGAUUUAGAUAAAAACUUUCCUCAACUUAUUCAUCACUAUGAUUAUAUCCUAGCAGCUGAUGUCGUUUAUCAUCAUCAUUACCUGGAUGAUUUAAUGGCUACCUUUGAUUAUUUUUGUCAACCAGACAGUGCGAUUUUAUGGGCAAACAAGUUGCGAUUUAAUUCAGACUGUGAAUUUUUGGAAAAAUUCAAGGCAAAAUUUGAUACCGUUGUGCUGGCAAAUAUCCCACAUGCUGAGGUUAUAAUAAUUAAGGGGACAAAAAAGUCACAAUUAGUGAACACUUAAUGGGAAACAGAGUUACAUUCAAAGUAAAGCACUUAUCUCAGAAAAAGAAUGGUUUACAAUAAAUUUAUUUUAAAUACAUCUGUAUAUUAAUCAACGCUUUAGAAAUUUAAGCACUGAACAUUAUGUUUGAGAUGAAUUAUUCACUAGUUUCAGAAGUCAGUUUAUUUCAUUGACCAGCUUCUGUUAC